AUGGAUUGUUAUAAUAAAGUUUUUAAUAAUUUAUUUAUCAAAAAAGAAAUAUUUAGACAUUUAAAUUUAUUUAAUGUUAAUUAUUCAAGAAAUUUUACAGUACAGGAAUUUAAAGAGUUUAAAAGAAAAGAUUAUUUAAUCCAACUUAAACUACAGCUAUGUGAAGAUGAUAUAGAAAAGGAUGGGGAUUUAUUGUUAUCAUUGGUACCAGAUAAUGUUGAGUCAAUUGUUUUGUCCAGCAAAAGAUCCCAGCAUUUUAAUGAGGAUAUAUCAAUAAAGUUACCAAGCAUACCAAAUUCUAUAAAGAAAUUUAAAACUCCCAAAUGGUUCAUAGGACCAUUUCCAAGAUUUUCAAAUGAUGGUUUAUCAAGUUUAAAGGUUUUGAUUCUUGGUGAAAAUAAUUCAUUGGAUCAGAAGUUAAACCAACUACCAAGUUCACUAGAGGUGUUAAAGAUUAUAGGUUACUUUCAUUCAAUUGAAAAAGAUAUAUUACCAAACAGCCUAAAACUAUUUCAUGUAGAGGCCGGAGGCAAAACACCGCUUUUUAUUGAAAGGAAUGCUCUUCCAGAUUCGUUGACAGAGUUAAAGGUAGUGGGCUUUACAUUACCGUUUGAAGAAUCAAGUUUUUUACCAAAUAACUUAAAAACAAUUUCGAUUACAAAUUAUGAUAUUCAAAAAGUCGAAAUUUCAAAACACUUUUUCCCAAGCAGCCAUUUAGAAAAUUUAGAGAUCGUAUUUUUAUGUGAUGAUAAUUUCGAUUUUUUACAAACUUUAACCAAUUUAAAAACUUUUAAAAUUAAACAUCAUAACCAAAACAUUUCAAAAUUACCAAAGUCAUUAUCAACAUUAACUGUAAAUUCAAAUGCAUCAAAUUUAUACCAACUUAGCACAAUAGGAUUAAAGCAUUUAGAAUUUGGUUACUUCUUCAAUGCCUUAUUGACAAAAGAUGGGAAGUCUAUUUUGCCUCAUGAAACUAUAGAGAAAAUAGAGUUUGGUUUUUUAUUUAAUCAUGAAAUCGGGUUAAAGGAAUUUAUAAAUUGCAACCAACUAAAAGAAAUUCAUUUUGGCUUAAACUUUAACCAAAAAUUAUUACCAAAUAUAUUACCAAAGAAUCUUGUGCGUUUAUCUUUCAAAGGUUUUAAUAAUGGCGACACUCCACUAAUAAACAGUGGCGAGUUAUUCCCAAAGACUCUCGAGUACUUAAAGUUUGGAAAGUUUUCGAUCAAUUCUCUACCACCAAAUCUCACCUCAUUAGAACUCUCAAAUUAUCUUUACAUGUAUGAUUUUGAAUUACCUUCACCAUCAAUUAUGGUAAAGGCCAAGUUUUUCAGAAAUUCACUGCUCCGAGAUUCAUGUUUUAAAAGAAUUCUAAAUCAUAUCGAAUAUGUAGAAAAUUCUUAUGAUGAUUAUAACCAUGUUUUUACCUCUUACCCAAAAAAUUUAAAAGUUUUUAAACUUUAUUCCGAAUUCAAACACCCUUUGGAAACAUUAUGUUUAAAAAAAAAAUCAAAAUUAGAAUAUUUGGAUUUGGGAUUUUCAUUCAACCAACCAAUUUUUAAAGAUUGUUUACCAUUAGAAAAUUCAAUUAAAGUUUUGGUACUGGGUAAAUGUUUCUCACAAAAGAUAAUAUUAAACUGGUUUAGUAAUUUAGAAAAUUUGGUAAUAUUUGGUGAUCCAUUGGUUUUAUUAAGUGAAGAAGAUGAAGGCAAAGAACAUUGUUUUGGUUGCCUUAAAUAUAUUUCAACACCUAUAAAUAAUUAUAAAUUUUUAAACAAUUUAAAUAACAUAUUUUAUCCAUUUUUAAAAUUUUUAAAAAAAAAUAAAUAA